UUUACUAAUCGUCAUGAAAAUAUGAACACGUCAAACCAGCUGGAGAAAAGAGACUGAUGUUAGACUGACUGGGGAUCAGAAUGCAGCCAAAUACACGUGAUGGUCAACAGAAGGGCGGCAUUGUUGAUACCUGGUGGUAUAGAUAUCUCUUACGGGGCGUCGGGACACUGGGGGGAUUGCUGGCCAUAUUGUUUGGUUUGGUGGCUUGUAUCACUUUCACAGCAAUGUGCUUACUAGCAGGGGUACUUCAAAUGGUAGCUGGUUUUAUAGUGGUACUACUUGAGGCUCCGUGCUGUUGCCAGUUUGUGGAAUUCGCAGAUGAAAUAAGCUCAUUUUCAGACAAACGACCUGCCUGGCAAAAAGCUGUUUUAUAUUGUCUACUAGGUCUGGUGCCUAUAGCGUCGUGUAUAGAAGCCUGGACAAUCUUAGGGGCUGGUCUUGUCUUUAUAUCAGGAGCUCUGUACGGAUUGAAAGCAAUUGGCAAGAAGGGUGACAGGGAAUCUAUGAUGGCGGUAGCGAGUGGAGCAGACAUGGAGAUGAAGGUCAAGUUAAUAGACAAAGAGGAAAAAGAAUUACCCAACUCCGCAGUCCCAUGACAAAAUGUCUCAUUACUGAAAUUUCCAUGACAAAGUACAUGCAUGUAUGGGCAUUCAGAUUUCAGGAUGAGUUAUUAACCCCUCUUUAGUGACAAUUGAAAUAAUUCUGGAUUCCAGCCAAACUCAGCAUCCACACAGAGGAUCAAAAGGGACACAUAUCAUUAUUCAUAGGAAGGAUUCAUAUUAUCAUAAUUCUUUGAAAUAUUCAUUUACAUGUGUAUAUCUCUAGUCAUUGAAAACAUUCAUAUAAAGGGAGAUAAAUCUGAAAACAUUCAUAUAAAGGGAGAUAAAUCUGAAAACAUUCAUAUAAAGGGAGAUAAAUCUGAAAACAUUCAUUUAAAGGGAGAUAAAUCUGAAAACAUUCAUAUAAAGGGAGAUAAAUCUGAAAACAUUCAUAUAAAGGGAGAUAAAUCCGAAACCAUUCAUAUAAAGGGAGAUAAAUCAAUCACUUAAUUCGUGUUUUAGUGAACAGAUUGUCAUUAUAUUGCUGUCAUAUACUACAGCAGAGGUUGUUUGUUAUUGGUAUUUGUCUGUGAGAAUUAAGAGAUAAAAUGAAUGGUGGGUAACUGUUAUUGUUAUGUGGAAUUUAUAUUUAUUUGAUUUGUUAUGUUAAGAGUUUUUAGUGCAAUGGUAUUAAACAUUUUAUUUGAAU